AUGAUUGCUUCACCUCAAAUCAAUCUUCAUUUUACCGAUGCAGUAAGAUAUGUUUUACCAGUACAUCGUAUUACAGUUCAGAUUAACAUUCCACGUACAAAUGAUAGAAAAGAAAGUUGUUUAGAUCAGCCAUGUAUUAUAUAUUCAAAUAAUCCAAAUGAUAAUAGUUUUUGUCAAUGUUAUCAUGGAUGGUCUGGAAGAUAUUGUACUAUUUCACAUACAUGUACAUAUUCAUCUGAUUCAUUGUGUGUUGGUAUAUCCUCAAAUAAUCGAUCUAUUUGUAUUUGUCUUCUUCAUAAAAUGGAUUCUCAAUGUUUACUUCAUAAUACAGUAUGUUAUUCGAAUCAAAAUUUUACUUGUCAAAAUAAUAGUGAAUACAUAUCUAUGGAUGAAAAUAUCAUAUCUGCUAAGCCAUUUAUAUGCAUCAGUCAAAAAGGAUUUAGUGAAGAGAGAUGUGAAAUAGUUGGUAAUAAAAUAAUUCUAUCAUUUCAUAAAGAUAUCAUCUUACCACAAACAAUGUUUGUUCAUUUUAUUUGA